UUUGGUCUACAGGGGGAAUUUCCUCAGAUCAAAGUGUUUUCUAGUCUGUCACCUAUCCCAGGAUUCACCAAGUGGCUCAUUGGACUUCUGACCUCACAAACAAAGGAACAAGGGAGAAAUGAACUAUUUACAGCUGCAGAAUGCCAAGAAAUCUCUGAGAUCACAGGUGACCCUGCUGCUGAAAAGCUAAAGAGGCUCUUAACUAACAAUGAAUGGGUGAGAUCAGAAAGAUUGGUCAAAGCAUUGCAUUCACCAUUUAUGAGGCUCUGUGCUUGGUACCUGUAUGGAGAGAAACACCGUGGAUAUGCCCUUAAUCCAGUAGCAAACUUUCAUCUUCAGAAUGGUGCUGUACUGUGGCGGAUAAAUUGGAUGGCAGACACAAGCCCCCGUGGGAUCACUGCUUCAUGUGGCAUGAUGGUAAACUAUCGGUAUUUCUUAGAGGACACAGCCAGUAACCGUGCAGGAUAUCUUGGGACAAAGCACAUCAAAGCCUCAGAACAGGUUCUUUCCUUGGUGUCUCAAUUUCAGCAAAAUAGCAAACUUUAAAUAUACAAGAAGAUUUUAAGAGUGAGCAUUUCUCAUUUGAAUGAAGGGGUAUGAUAUCUUGGGAUGUACUUACUGAAAAGUGAAUGUUUGUAAUAAAACAAUGAGCUCUGUUCUUAGUCACAGCAGGAUGCAAAAUUACAUUAUCUGCCAAAAUUACUAUAACUUUCUUACUUGCACUGCCAGAUACUCAAGUCUGAUACAGUAUGGUUGAAUUAUUGCCAUACUUUACAUUCACAUGAGCUGGAAGUGUGUAUUAAAGGCUGUGUAAACUCA